AUGGCAAAUACAUCCUUAUAUUCCACCCGAAGAAAAUAUCGUUGCAGUCGCAAGGAGAAGGUCGUCUUCCUCAAGACACACAAGACUGCAAGCAGCACCGCUUCAGCUAUCAUCGAACGCUACGGCUUCAAUAGAAACUUGACCUUUGCAGUAUCAAAUGCAGCCCUAAAGUUCUACCACGCCCCUUUGUUCUCACGUGGUAUGGUUCGCGAAGCUUCUGACUCAGCCAUUGGUUGGAAGAAAGCCGAUGGCUAUCAUAUGAUAACCAAUCAUGCACGGUUCAACAAAGCCGAGAUGGAUGAUGUCGUACACAACGCAACAUACAUUACAAUCGUUCGCAACCCGGUCGACCAAUUAGAAUCCGCAUUUGGAUACUUCAAUCUCGGUAAAGGUAUGGGUUUAAAGACAAAUAAUCAUUUGGAAGAAUUCAUGCAAGAUCCAGAGAAAUACUUUGGUUCCGUGAAGAGAGGGUAUUGGCAGUUUGCGAAGAACAACCAGCUCUUCGAUUUGGGUCUUGAACAUGCAUACCAUGAUGAUGAAGAUGCAGUCGCUGAAACCAUUCAUAAACUCGACAACGAUUUUGAUCUUGUCAUGGUCAGUGAGUACUUUGACGAAUCUAUGAUUCUUAUGCGUCGAUUGCUAUGUUGGGAAAUUGAAGAUGUUAUCUAUAUCUCAAAAGGUAUACGAAGCCCAAGUCAUCGUUUACAGAUGACUAGCAAUUUGCAAGACAAGAUCAAAGUAUGGAACAAGGCAGAUAUGCAAUUAUAUCAGCAUUUCAACAAAACGUUAUGGAGAAAGAUUGAAGAAUAUGGACCAAAUUUUCAGCAUGAUUUAGAUUAUUACAGAACAAGACUUGGUGAGGUUGCAGAAGAAUGCAUUGACUUCAGCCGAAAAGGUAGUAAGGAUGUACGAGAGGUGAAGUACAUUCUAAAAGAGGGCGCUCCACAGUUUUGCCAGGAACUUCUGUGGGGAGACGUAGAAUAUACUAGAUUCAUUCAACGUCGGAUGUGGGAUAGGGGUAUACUUUUGCCAAACCCGAAAGUACGGGGAUGAUGGCGUUUCUUUCGAGAGUCUUCAUUAGCCUACAAAUAAUCUAUGUAAGAGUAUUUCCCUAAUGAAGAACUUUGCUGAGAGAAAAAGAUGCAUGGGUGUUAUCUUGAUCACAUCCAGACAUUCCUAAUUAUUUCAAAUCAAUUCUUUCGUAAUGUUUUCUACCCAGCGUCGUUGUGCAAUGUCCAUGAGAACAACUCUUCGUAUAUACAUUUGGUGCAUUUAUUUAUCAUUUUUUAAAUGCUAUUGGUAACAUUGAUAUUUGUUCGGUCGAAUUAUUAUUCAUGAUAUAGUCGUCGGAUGUUGUGCGUUUGUUAUGUUUAAUAUCAAAGCCACAGAAGUUAAAUUGAUUUGAAAUGCAGCUUUAUUCUUCUGCUGGGUUUGACACCAACAAUUAUGUAUGUUUUAAAUUUUUAAAUUCAUGUUUUUACAGACCUGUUUAUACAAUGGUUUCCGAUGUCAAUAUUCUAGUGCAUUAUGUUAUUUAUCUUUUUAGCAAUAAACAUACGCCUUUCUAUUCCCAAAGGUCCGCUACUCAUAAUAAAGUGAAAUGAGGUUACUAUUUAUGGAAGUCAUGCUGGCCAUUAUGAUCCGUAAUUCAUAAUGUGAGUGAUGAUUUCAAUUUAGGAGGAUCCUUAAAGAUGGCUAAUCAAAAUCGGAGAAAGGUUCGUUCUGGGAGAAAACUAUAGACACAGUCCAAGAAGAGGGCUACUAAGUCUGAUAAGAUGUCUUGAUUGAAUAUUGAUCCUUUCAUUUAAUCACUAGCGACCCCUUCUUCGAUUGUGACUUGCGAUUUUUGUUUCGAUGAAGGACCUUCUAACUUGAUGAAUAUUGAUGAAUAAUGAUCCUUUCCCAAUAUGAUUAUUGGAGAUCAUAAUGAUUAACAAACCCUUUCUCUUGAAAAAAAAGAAAAGAUAACGACCGUUACGAAUUGUUAGCCUCUUCAUUUUUUUUGUAGACAGUGAUAGUUGUGUUUAUUUUAUAUACGGUUAGCUUUCUCAUUUUCCGAAAUAAAUUCCCCCAAAAGUUCAUGUUACUCGA